AUGACGAAAUUUGAUAUCAAUUCGAAACUUCGUAUGAACUCGGGAUAUGAAAUUCCUAUCCUUGGCUAUGGAGUCUACCAAACCCCAGCAUCUCAAUGCGAAGAUUUGGUGACCAAGGCUUUUGAUGCGGGUUAUCGACAUGUCGACUCCGCCGCGGCAUAUCGAAAUGAAGGUCCUUGUGUUGCUGCAAUUCGAAAAGGCAGCAUCCCCCGUGAAGAUAUAUUUUUUACUAGCAAAAUCCCACCUCGUGCCUUGAGUUAUGAGAAUACCAAAGCGCAAGUUACGAGAACUCUCAUGGAGACCGGGCUCAAAUACAUUGAUCUCAUGCUCAUUCAUGCUCCAUACGGAGGACGAGCUGCUCGCAAAGGUGCUUGGAAAGCUCUGGUUGAGGCCCAGGAGGAAGGCAAGAUUCGCAGUCUUGGUGUCAGCAAUUAUGGUGUUCAACAUUUGGACGAAAUGGAAGUUUACAUAAAAGAACUUGAGGAAGAAAGGGGCAAGGGCAAAGGUGGUGUGAUUGAUGUUGGCCAGUGGGAACUUCACCCGUGGCUCGCUCGUUCCGAUAUCAUUACUUGGUGUGAGAAACGAGGCAUUAUUGCAGAGGCGUAUUCCCCACUUGUUCGCGGCGAGAGACAUGACUCCCAACUUCUUCAACCACUCGCCAAAAAGUACAACAAAACCUCGGCCCAAGUCUUAUUGAGAUGGAGCAUACAGAAGGGCUUUGUACCUUUGCCAAAAACUGUUACUCCCAGCAGAAUCAAGGAGAACACUGAUAUUUACGAUUUUGAGCUCACUGCGGCGGAGAUGAAGGGGCUGGAAACCGGCGACUAUUAUAGCUGUGCCUGGGAUCCUACUCAUACAAGUCAUGCGUUACAAGCUGAGCCCAUCGUUGCGGCAUCAAUCGCUCUAGAUUGCUUCGAGUCCGUCCCAUUGAAUGUCAAUAGAUCCGUUGCAUUUAUUAGAUUUUUAGAACCAUACAUACAAUUCCAGAGUACAUUAACCUAUCUACAAAAUCUGCCUCCUAAAUGGCUUUUCUCGGGGGUUGAUUUCCUCGGCGUGGAUCUCGAUCGUGCCAUUAGUUCUAAGAAUAUUACUUUUUCGCCUUCAGCUGUCAGCCAGAUUAAUGGCCAAGAUUCAAAUACUUUUCUACAAAAGACUGGUCAAACUCUGAGUGAUUUCAACGAUCCAGAUGCUGCCUACAUUCGACUGUUCUUCACGCCCGCUUUCAAUAUCUCGGGUGGUGGUAAUAUAUUCAAAUUUGGCCAGAUGCUCGGGCUCACAUCCAACUUACAACUAUACAUUCGAAAUUGGCACUACGAAGCCGGCUAUGGGGGAGGUGUCGUAGUAGAGGCUUAUAAUAGUGUUCAGAGGAUUUUCCCCGGCUUGGUACCUUUCAGUGCGAGUAUAAUGAAAGACACGGGGGCGGGAAGGGUUUUGGGAAAUGUCUUUACGGAUAACCUUGGGGUUGAGGGGCAGCCGGAUGCGAAUAAUGAGUUUGAGGUGCAGACUUAUAUGGAUGUUAACGGGGAACCAUUUGCAAAUUGGAGCGCGUUCGAUCUUCCUGACACAAUCUAUAACGAAACUUUUACCGCACAAACACGGUUCAGUACCGCGAAAUGGCUCACUUGCACUUACACCACAGAUUUUCGAAACCGGAAUAUUGUGCUGUUGUACGAUGGCUCGCGUGGAUCUACUUGCACCGUGUUUUUGGAGUUUAUGAAGAGUCAAGGUGGUGUCAGGAGUGUCGUCAUAGGAGGCCGUCCUCAAAAUGGACCUAUGCAAGGAGUAGCCGGAUCCAAAGGUCAAAGUGCGGGUGAGUGA